ACGAUGUCCUCUUCACACAGCCGGGACAUCUCUGACUACCAUGUCAGCGUGAUCCUCGAGCCUCCUGCCUGGGAGGUUGGUGUGUACCUGUUGGGGUUUCUGGUUCUGCUUGGCAUAGUAGUAAUAAAUCUAUGGAAGCUGUGGAGGUCUGGCUCUUUCCCUGCUCCCUCACCAUACCCCAACUUCAAUUACCGCUACCUACAGGAGAAAUAUGGCACCUCUUAUUCAGAAGUCAGGCAGAAGUGUGUUGCAGCUUCUAACCACCGACGAGCAUCAUCAGCAAGCCGUAAGCCCAGCCUGCAGCUGGCUGAUACUCCUGAUGGCUUUCGUGAACUCGGCCCUCUGGAGCUGAUGAGCCGGGAGCUGGAGAUGAAACGCUCCGCCUCGGUCGACUCCCUGUGCUCCAUCUCAUCCAUUGCCCACACGUUUGGACAUGAUGUCACUGUGGGUCAGCUGGAAGUGACGCUGGAGCUUGAGGCACGAGUUUCAUUAUUACAUGUCACCCUGCAUCAGGCCAAGGAUCUGCUAGAGAAGGAGGAGGAGAACUUUCCUGGAUGCUAUGUCACUGUCACGCUUCUACCUGAUGAGAUCAAUGUGGGCAUCACACGGAUUCAGAGCAACGCCUUCACAGUGUUGUUUGAUGAGCAUUUCUCUAUUCCACUGGAAGCAGCGGCGGUGGACGAGUACAGCCUGCGCUUCUCAGCAUUUGGAGUGGACUUGGAUGAAAGGAGCAUCAGUGCAGGGCAGGCUGAACUCAAACUGUCUGAUCUGGAUCUGUCCAUAAGGCCUUUCAAUGCUUGGCUGUACCUCCAGGACAUCAAUAAGGCUGUAGAUGCUGUUGGAGAGGUUCUGCUCUCACUCAGUUACCUACCCACUGCAGAACGCCUAACUGUGGUGGUGGCUAAAGCAAAGAACCUGGUCUGGACUAACGGCAAAACCACUGCAGAUCCAUUUGUAAAGGUGUACCUCCUCCAAGACGGCAGGAAAAUCAGUAAGAAGAAAACCUCCAUAAAGAGAGAUGAUACUAACCCUAUCUUCAAUGAGGCUAUGAUCUUCUCUGUGCCUGCUGUUGUACUUCAGGACCUCUCUUUAAGAGUCACAGUGGCUGAAAACACAGAAGAUGGGCGUGGCGAAAAUAUAGGUCAUGUGAUCAUCGGGCCAGAGGCAAGUGGCAUGGGCAUAACUCACUGGAACCAAAUGCUGGCGACUCUGCGCAAACCCGUCUCCAUGUGGCACCCGUUGCGGAGGACCUAA